CUCAACCCUUCAACACUGUCCGCGAUGGCCUCAAGACCCACCGUCAACGUUCGUUCCACCGCCGGGGAGGCCACUUCUUCUCUGCCGCUGCCCGCCGUUUUGACGGCGCCCAUCAGGCUCGAUGUCGUCCAGCAGGUGCACAAGAGCAUCGCCAAGAACAAGAGACAGGCAUACGCCGUCAAUGUAAAGGCUGGUCACCAAACCUCGGCUGAGUCCUGGGGUACCGGUCGUGCCGUCGCUCGUAUUCCCCGUGUCGGUGGUUCAGGAACCCACCGCUCCGGUCAGGCUGCCUUCGGUAACAUGUGCCGUGGCGGUCGCAUGUUCGCGCCGACCAAGACCUGGCGCAAAUGGCACGUCAAGGUCAACCAAAACCAGCGCCGCUUCGCCGUCGUGUCUGCCCUCGCCGCCUCCGCCCUCCCCUCGCUCGUCCUCGCCCGCGGCCACCGCAUCGAGCAGAUCGAGGAGGUCCCCCUCGUCGUCUCCUCCGCUGUGGAGUCGUUCGCUAAGACCAAGGAGGCCGUUGCGCUCCUCAAGAGCCUCAACGCGUACCCCGACGUGCUCAAGGUGUCGAACUCGCGCAAGCUCCGCGCCGGCAAGGGCAAGUUGCGGAACCGCAGGCACAGGCAGCGCCGCGGCCCCCUUGUUGUGUACAACGAGGACAAGGGCAUCGUCAAGGCGUUCCGCAACUUGCCCGGUGUUGAGCUGGUGAACGUUAGGAGACUGAACUUGCUCCAGCUGGCUCCUGGUGGGCAUCUGGGCCGGUUCGUCAUCUGGACCGAGGGCGCGUUCGGCCUCUUGGACGAGGUUUUCGGCACCUUCGAGAAGGCCGCCGUCUACAAGAAGGACUACCUCCUCCCGACCGCCAAGAUCAGCAACCCCGACGUUACCCGCCUGAUCAACAGCUCUGAGAUCCAGGCCGUCGUCCGCCCCGCUGGUCCCAAGACCCAAAAGCGCCCCUGGACGCAGAAGAAGAACCCCCUCACCAACAAGGCCGUACUCUUCCGCUUGAACCCCUACGCCAAGGCAUUCCGCAAACAGCAGCUCGAGAAGAAGGCGGAGAAGCCCAAGAAGGUGAAGACCGCAGGGGAAGCGUUCUUGAAGACCCUUUUCGCACCCUAAAUUUUCCAGAGGGGUGUGUUAGUAGUGGUUUAUGUUACUGCUUGUUUCGAUCGUAUGCUAUACGUAGCGCUAUGCCAGUCAUGUUAUGAUGCUGAAAUGUCUGCAUUGUGUCCUUGCAGCAGCGCUUGCUGCCUUGUGUCCUGGAAUGCUGCACCAAACUUAGUGUCUGGCAGAUCUGUGU